AUGACCGAGCAGAAGAAGUCAAGUGUUAUUCCUUUUCAAUCACAGGUUAAGUUGCUUGUACUGCCGUUAUUAAUAACAGGUGGAUUAUUCACAACUUAUGUAUUUUAUAAUAGGCAUCUAAGACAAUAUACUGGAGCUCGAGACAUACCAAGUCAUCUGUUCAGAAGAGGAUAUCUUUUUGGUAAAGUUACAUCUGUAGGAGAUGGUGAUAAUUUUCAUUUCUUUCACAUGCCAGGUGGUAUACUUGGUGGAUGGCAUUGGCUUCGGGAAGUUCCAUCGCUUCCAAGAAUGCCGAAGCAUCUUCAAUCAUCUCAGGUAACAACAGUUUCCAAUUCAUGGUGGUCAAAUUGGCUUUAUGAGUUGAGUACGUAUAAGGUGGGCAGGAAUAAACGUUACUUCAAAAGUUUGCAUGUACCAUAUAGGGGGAAGAGGAAUUUACCAACCAUUUCUGUAAGAUUAUGUGGUGUAGAUGCACCAGAAGGUGCACAUUUUGGUAAAUCAGCUCAGCCGUUGAGCGAAGAAGCCCUUAUAUGGUUGAGGUACACAAUAUUAGGAAAAUAUGUUGGUAAACCGCUUGCCAUUGAUCAUUAUGGCAGAUGUGUUGCAAAAGUAGAAUAUUUGUCGUGGCUCAAAUGGAAAAAUGUCAGUCUUGAGAUGAUCAAACAAGGAUUGGGCGUUGUGUAUGAAGGCAAGCUGGGAGCGGAAUUUGAUUCUGAAGAACCAUUAUAUAGGUAUCAUGAAGCCCAGGCUAAGAAGGCAAAGAAAGGUGUGUGGGGUUUGCGUCGGUUUGAGACUCCGGCUACAUUUAAGAAGCGUACGAAAUGA